CGGUACGAGAGGAAGUCUAGGGCACUCUGUGCAGACAGACUUCCAACAUGACAGGACUACCACUUCUUGCUACUGCAAUCUUGGCGGUGUUGGCUGGAGGCAGUAGUGCAUCAACCAUCCGCAGGCUGACUGUUAUGAGUGCGACAUGCCAGGGAGCGUCCGGUCCAUUUCCGAAUCCGAACAGCUGCAGAAGCUUCCUCCAGUGCGAGCCAUCAGGCGUCGCAACGGUCGUCCCAUGCCCGUCAAAUCUCGAGUUCAAUCCAAAACUGAGGGUGUGUGACUUCCCAGAGAGAGCUGGUUGCUCCUCAUCCUCGUCUCCACCUGCUGACGCCGACAAUGGGAAUGGUGGGGGAUCAGACGAUAAUGGUGGUGCUGAACCAGUGCCACCAUCUGGCGAAGUCCCCACUUGUCCUCCAUGGAAUCCAGAGGAUGUCACCCAACUGCCCAAUCCGAACGAUUGUAGCAGCUUCUACAAGUGUGACGAGAACGGCGUUGCUUGGGUCAUUUCAUGCCCGGCCGGUCUGGAAUACAAUGCAGAGCUGGGAGUGUGUGACUACCCAGAAAACGCUGGUUGCUCAUCAUCUUCACCAAGCAACCCGUCUGAUGACACACCUUCUGAGGGGAGUCAAGAUAACGGAAGUUCUGAUGCAGGUAAUGAGGUAAGCCCGAAUCCACCAGCUGGAGACGCUCCUACCUGUCCAGCAUGGAAUCCAAAUGAUGUCACACAGCUGCCAAAUCCGAGUGACUGCAGCAGCUUCUACAAGUGUGACGAGAAUGGUGUUGCUUGGCUCAUACCAUGCCCAGCUGGACUAGAGUACAAUUCAAAGCUGAGAGUGUGUGACUACCCCGAGAGUGCUGGUUGCUCAUCGUCAGCUGCUCCAAGUAAACCAUCUGGCGAUGAUUCCUCUAAUGGAGGUCAGGACACUGGAAAUGCUGGCUCUGGUAAUGGUGAAAGCCCACAGCAACCAGCUGGAGAUGCUCCCACCUGUCCAGCUUGGAAUCCAGAUGACGUCACCCAAUUGCCCAACCCCAGCGACUGUAACAGCUUCUACAAGUGCGACGAGAACGGCGUUGCCUGGUUGAUACCGUGUCCAGCGGGCCUGCAGUACAACGCUGAACUGAGGGUGUGUGAUUACCCUGAGAGCUCUGUGUGCUCUGUGUGAUAUUCAGCAACGUUGAAGAUGAUCCUUGUUCCACACGAUCAUUUUAGCUGAGUAUUCCACUCGCGGCUGAAUUAUUCUCAAGUGCAAUGUGAUCAUUUCUCGUGUGACUAAUAUUUAGUCUUACCUAAAGACACGUGUGUUGUUGAAUAAUUUAUUUUGUAUUAAUUUAUCAUACCCAUUACUUUUCACUUUGAGUGUAAUCUGACUGUAACGGUCCAAAAAUCAUAAUAAACAGACUG